UCUGACGUCCGGAGCGUCUCGGUCGUGUACACGUGCGCACUAGUUAAAUAAUAAUGAUUUAGGCAUGGAAAAAGAGUCUGUGAUCUAAACGCUCGAUCCGGAUCGACCGCGAGUGCACUCGAAUCAUCGCGCGCACCGACAGACGUACUGUCAUGGAGGUAGGCGAACUGAUAAGCGAUAACAAGGAAACAAUGGACGGUGAGCGACAGCACCGGGCUCUGUGCGAGAACGACGAGAUCGAGAACUCGGACGAGAGCAGCGAGAGCAGGCCGUCCGGGGAGAGGUGGGCCCCGGUCGGGGCGAAUGACGGCGACAAUGAGUUCGGAGACGAAUACAAAUACGUCAACGCCAACGUAGAGAAUCUCGCAUACGACAUGGAGAGGGUAAAGAUACUGGAGGAGGAACAGGAGAUGUUGAACUCGUCUCUGAUAGCGUUAACUACCCACUUUGCUCAGGUUCAAUUUCGCCUCCGGCAGAUCGUGGACGCGCCGGCCAGCGAGAAGGAGACGCUGCUCAAAGAAUUAGAGGAAUUCGCGUUUAGAGGGAUACCAGACGUACCAAAUAGCUUACUGUUAGAGAGCAGGUCCAUCUCGCCGAUCUCCUCUAAAUCCUGUGAUCGAAGUAUGACCGGUGUAAUUACCGACGCGGAGGUCGAGUCCAAAAUGGCACUGCAAAGAACGAAGCAGAGAGAAUUGAUAAGCCAAUUAAAAUCUCAGUUGGAGGAUUUAGAAAAAUACGCGUACGAAACGGGUGAUGCCGAUUUACCGCAAAGUGUUAUUCUGGAGAGGCAAAAUAUCAUAAUCAGUCACCUGAAAGAAAAGUUGAACUUCGACGUCGAUGACCUCUGUAAAUUGCCAGCGGACGAUCUCAGGUGGCAAGUCGAUUACGCUAUAAGUCAAAUCGUCAGCCCAUUGAAGAUGAAGGAGCAACUGGUAUGCCAGCUGAAGACGCAGAUCGCCGACCUGGAGCGUUUCAUCAAUUAUCUCCAGGGCGAGGUCAGCACGGAGACUCUGGCGUGCACGUGCGCGUGUCCGGUGCACGCUGGCGGCUCCUCGUCGACCGCUUACGGCUCGAAACGGCGUUACGACCGGGGAAAACCCAUCGAGGAGGAAUUGGGCGACGGCGACAGGACCAGGACACUGAACACCGUGCGCAAGGUGGUCGCGCUCCUGCACAUGUUCCUGAUGUCGCAACUGGGCUGCGGUAGCGAACGGGUGCGCCGCAGUUUCGGCGGCGGUAACAGCAAGAAAAAUUCGCUGCACAAUUGGCGGGAUCUGCGCACUAGGCUCGACAUCGCCGUGGAGCACGUGCUGGAGACGAUGGCGGAAGUGUCGCAGCAGCAACAGCAGCAGCUACAACGGCAGCGGCAGCAUCUCGACGAUGAGGAGGACGACGACGACGACAUCGAGAACGAUAACGAGAACGACUAUACGUCCGACUCGGACUCGGUGACGUCGCACGCGAACGCGAAACUCACCUCCGCCGUGAGGAAGCACCUCGCCAUCUCGAUCAGGGAUCUGAUGCAGCACGGCCUGACCGCGGACGUGCAACGCGCCGCGUCCAGCGUGGUGCCGUUCGUCGGAUGCUUCCCGCAGCGUAACGUCACGUCGGCCAAUCUGAUGCACGCCUGGGAACUGAUACUGAAGUACUACGAGGUGAAGAACGGCCGUCUUUACAACUCCAGUCCCGCGCAGAAGUUGUCGCAGAGCUUCAAUCUGGACCUCGCGACGGGCAGACUAGCUUCCUCCAAGCAGAGCCUGUUGACGACAAUAGGUAACAUCAUCGCCUCCCAUAGCCCCUACAAGCGCAGUUACGAUUCGCACUUUAAGGCGUUCAUAUGCGCGGCUUUGAACGCGAACAAGCUCGUGACGUGGCUAAAGCUGAUCCUACAGUGUCAGUACCUUUUAGAAAAUUAUUACCUAUCAUGGAGCUACGUUGUGAAAACAGGUUUCCAAGACGCAUUUCACACCUUGGAUCGCCUGACUAGUUACAAAUUUGACUUGCCGGUGGACCUGGCCGUGCGGCAGUUUCAGAACAUAAAGGACGCAUUUUGAUUGUAUCCUGUCAUCGUCGUUUCGUGCAAAUGAUAGCGUAGGGCUUAGAGAAAUAUCCGUGUACCCUCAGUACCUUCUGUAACAUGUAAUACGUAUACCAAACGCGCGUGAACAAGUAUACAAGGUGAGGAUUACGAGUCCCCUAAUUCUCCUGGUGAUCCAUCGUGUGUACUCGAGGACGCGAGAGGUUGUUAUUAUGUAUAUCUUCCGAAAUGCCGACCGCAAAAACGUUCCUUUCUCUUAGUCUCUAAGUAUCGAUUGUAUCAAACACACAUGUAGAGUUGAAUUGCAAUAAUUAGUAGAUGUAAUAAUGAUUUAUAUCUUCUAAGGUAUUAUCAGUAUUUGUAUAGAUCAGUUGUAAAUGUACAAAACUUUCUUUUCUUUUCGCCUACAUUGGGGGCGGAUAGGUGAUGUACACAUAUACAUAAUCUGCAAAUCCCGAGAGGAUCUUAGGAAACCACGGUGUGUCUCUAUCAAGAUAUUUUUUAUCGCGACACAAACCUGUUAAAUAUACGAGGACUGAAUCGAGCAAAGCUAGUCACCCGGGGAAAGAAUUAUUCCGUAUUGUGCACACGUACGCUAAGCAUCACCGUAUUUAUGAAGCAUUCAAGAGAGAGAAACAUACCAAAGAUGAAUAAUAUCCUGCUGCAACUAUAGAUACUUGUUGCACCAUUUAUAUCGCAUAAGACAUUUUAUGUAUACCUACACGCGUAAGUUAGCAUAAGAGAACAAUGUAUUAUAUAUAUAUAUAUAUGAUAUAUAUAUACACACACAUAAGAUGCUAAAACCAAAUAUGCUUUUUAUAAAAUGAUAAAUUAUUUUAAAUCAGUUCCACACAUUGUUGAAAGAAAUACGUAUAUGAAUAUGAAAUAUAUAAUGCAAUGUAAAAGACGUA